AUGUCUGAGAAUCAUUUUGACUUUUUGGUUUUGGGUGGUGGUAGUGGUGGUAUUGCCACUGCAAGACGUGCUGCCAAGUACGGUGUAAAGGUUGGUCUGAUCGAAAAGACAAGAAUGGGUGGUACUUGUGUCAAUGUCGGUUGUGUACCAAAGAAGGUGAUGUGGAAUGCCGCCACCAUCAAGGAGGCAUUGCAUGCCGCUCCAUUCUAUGGAUUCGAAGGUGCCGAUAAGGUCACUUACCACUGGCCAACCAUCAAGAAGAAUCGUGAUGCCUACAUCGCUCGUCUCAAUGGAAUCUACAAUAACAUGUUGGCCGGUUCCAACGUCAAGUCCAUCAAUGGCUGGGGAAAAUUCACUGGUCCACGUCAGUUGGAGGUAGACGGUCAGGUAUAUACCGCCGAUAACAUUUUGAUUGCCACCGGUGGAUAUCCUCAGAUUCCACAGGUUCCAGGAGCGGAACUCGGAAUUACCUCCGAUGGAUUCUUUGAUUUGGCUGAGUUGCCCAAGUCGGUUGCUGUGAUUGGCGCUGGCUAUAUCGCUGUGGAACUGGUUGGAAUUCUCAAUACUCUCGGUAGUAAAUCGAGUUUGGUCAUCAGACACGAUCAUUUCUUGAGAACGUUCGACGAUAUCGUCGCUCACAAACUUCAGGAGCAGAUGGUCACCGACGGAAUCAACAUUGUUACCAACUCGACGAUUUCCGCGCUACGCAAGACUGAGAAUGGACAGAUCGUUGUCGUCACUAACCACACUGAGUUGCCACCGGUCGACACUGUUAUCUGGGCCAUCGGAAGAGAUCCAUCGACCAAGGGUAUCGGAUUGGAGGCCGCCGGUGUCUCAGUGAACGAACGUGGAUACAUCAAAGUCGAUGAAUUCCAAUACACCGGUGCACAAGGUGUCUUUGCUGUCGGUGAUGUCACUGGAAACAAAGAGUUGACACCAGUUGCCAUCGCUGCAGGUCGUCGUCUUGCCGAACGUCUCUUCAACAAGCAAGAGGGACUCAAAUUCGACUAUGAAAAUAUUCCAUCCGUUGUUUUCAGUCAUCCACCAAUUGGAACAGUUGGUCUUACAGAGAAAGAAGCAAUUGCAAAAUAUGGAAAAGAAAAUGUUAAAGUUUAUAAUAGCAGUUUCACAAAUAUGUAUUAUGCAGUUGUAGAUGAUUAUAAACCAAAGACUUUUAUGAAAUUGAUUGUCACUGGAAAGGAAGAGAAAGUUGUUGGAAUUCAUUCAAUUGGUAUUGGUAGUGAUGAAAUGAUCCAAGGUUUUGCUGUUGCAAUUAAGAUGGGUGCAAACAAAUCAGAUUUAGAUAAUACUUGUGCUAUUCAUCCAACAGCUUCUGAAGAAAUGGUUUUAUUCAUGUAA